UUGCAAAAAAAUCAGUAUAAUGCCAUUUUACAGUCUCAACAAGUGAUCGACACUUUGAGACCAGAAUGUGUGUCAGAGUUCCGUGGGAAACUCAACUUCUCGGUGACGUACGAAAAGGAGAUCAGUACACUCUAUGUCCACCUUCUCGAAGCUGUCGAUCUGCCCAUCAAGGACAUUACAGGCAUGAAGUUCGGAUCCGUACGUGCGUGUUUUCUUAAUGGAGCAACCGGCCACGAUGGAGCGCACAAAAGUACGUUUCUCCGUCUGAAUAUAGGCAUAUGGUUUAUUGAUUCUACUCCUCAAGAUGAAGAAACUUUCAAAAUUCCGCUUCAAUAUUUCAGCUGA